GAACUCACAUGUUAUAUAUCGUUCAUAUGAACUGCAACGAGUAUGACUACAUUUUCUUUGGAACAAGAAGUUGAAUGAUUUGUCUGCAGUUUUUGUCGUAGUUCGAAAACUGACUCCAUUUGUGUGGCUAUUAUUAAUUGUCUUUCCAGUUCAUUUUUCAACAUAAACGUUCCAGCAGCGAUGGCCAAAGUGAAUUUCUCUGGUAAAUGGAAGCACUCUAAAGACGAAGGGUUUGAUGAACUCCUGAAGGCUCUAGGAGUGAAUAUCAUCAAGAGAAAGGCGAUCACAUCACUGUCACCCCAGCAGGAGAUUACACAGAAUGGAGAUCAGUUCGUCAUCACUAACAAAUCGGUUAAGACAGAAACCUUAGAGUUCACCGUGGGACAAGAGUUUAAAUUUAAGAAUCCCCUCUCGGGCAAAGAAGAGAUGCUACUAGCUGAGUGGAGCGGUGAUAAAAUCGUAGUCACGAACAAAACCGACCCUAAUGGCGUUGUUGCGACCAGAGAGCUGAAGGAUGAUAAUCACAUGACAAUAACACAGCAGAGAGGUGAAGUCAUUGCUGUUAGACAUUUCAACAAAGUAUGAUGAGAGAUGGCGUUCUUAUUUUAAGCUACUUUAACUUCUAUUCUGUUCUACGUAGAUUCCUAUACAAUAUUGAACUUGACAUAAGCGUUGGUAAAUAUUCAGUAGAGCAAAUUAUAUAGUUCACAGUCAUUCUAAACUUCCAAUUUUAUAUCACAUUAGUGAAGUUUAUCAUUGAUUUAUUGAUACAAAGUUUGAAUGUGACCAUUAAUGAAACUAUUGAUUGAUUGAUUGAUUGAUUUAUCGAUCGAUCGAUCGAUAGAGCAAAUUAUGUAUUUCACAGUCAGAGCAAAAUUAUAUAUUUCACAGUCUUUCUAAACUUCCAAUUUUAUAUAACAUUAGUUAAGUUUAUCAUUCAUUUAUUGAUACAAAGUUUGAAUGUGACCGUUAAUGAAAGUAUUGAUUGAUUGAUAGGUUGGUUGAUUGAUUGUUUCCAAUUGUAAAUUGUAUUUUUGUAGGGAAUCAUCAUUGACAAGCCCAUAUGGCUAUUUAUGGUUCUCCCACUUCUCAUGUGCAAUUAUUUGUAAAACAUACAUUGUAUAGAUCUUUUUAUGUUUUUAACGAGAGAGUGAAAUAAAUGAAAUAGAAAUGAUU